UGGCUGGAGAGUUCAGGGAUACAUUGUGCGUGCCUCGCUGGUUGGUGACAUCAUUGCACCCCGACCCACCACUGGAGAAGGCGUCCCAUGCACAUGGGUGAUUUACUAUUUAGGUAUUAUAUAUACAUUCUCUUGACGCUGAGAUGUAUGAUCGUGCACCUCGAUCACUUGCUGUCACUUUGGGCAGCACUCAGGAAAAUGUGGGACCAGGAUCUUAUGACUUGAUGUCUGAUAACAUACUUAAGCCAGGUGGAUAUGCCCCCUUUUUAUCAGUGGCAAAGCGUGAUUUUGUCUUUAAUGAUGUGCAGACCGUGUCUAUUGCACCUGGACCUGGACACUAUGAUAUUUCCAAUUUUAAGGAAAAAGUGAAAGGAGGACAAACUAUCCAGAACAAAGAGAAGCGUUUUCCAGAGUCUGCAUCUUCUCUCCCUGGACCUGGUACAUACGACCUGCAGGUUGGAGUAGAUAUGGAUGGAAUAAAGAAGACCUCUUCAAAGUCUCAAAAUGUAAAGUAUUAUACUAUGAGAGUACAGAGCAAGGCUAAAAAGCAGCAGAAGACUGUUGCACCAUCCAUACCCGUGCCAGCUCAAGCAUUUGGUUAUGAAGAAACUGAGGAUGGCUCCCUGGUCAGACAACUUCCACCUCCCAUGGACAGUACUCUGGGUCCUGCCUAUUAUCAGUUAUCAAAUAAAGAGACAUAUGCAACAAUAAAAUACAGAGGUGUGCACUUUGGAAAGUACUCAGGGAAACGCACUGAAUUACAAAACUGUGAUGUACCCGGCCCAGGGGAAUAUGACAUAGACCAGGAAAGUGCACUGCAUUAUGAGAAUGUCAACUCCAAGAAGGAAGACAAGAAGAAAUAUGAGCCAUUCAUUCCACGGUAUCACGAAGUAAUCUUAUUACAGGAAGAGAAGAAGGGUGUACCAGGACCUGGAAAGUAUAAUAUUAUACGUCAUUUUGAUGUGGAAGACAGGCUAACAAAGUCUGCAGAUAUUCCCCGACCACCAUUCCUUUCACACUCAAAAAGAUUUCUACCUGUGAAAUCAGUCACCCCGGCCCCAGGCAUAUAUAACGAGCAGCGCACAGCAUUUGAGUCUUUGAAGAAAAUAUCAAGUAUGACACAGGCACCAUUUGGCCACACUUCAGUCCGAUUUUCUCAAGAUGCAAGGAUGCAGAGAACACCAGGACCAGGAUGUUACGAUAUAUUCAGAUAUGGUGUUGCAAAUGAAAGCUUCAAGAAGGCAAAUCAGGAAUACUCAAAAGGAGCAUUUGGAUCUUCUGCUGCUCGUGCCUUGUCUAUCUCAAAUAAAGAUGCAGUAUGGAUGCCAGGUCCAGCUCACUAUGAUGUUACAGAUAGAACCGAGGAACAUUACAGACAUCAAGCAACAUCUGUGUUUUCGUCAGGAACUGAAAGACUCUAUACCCAAAUAUGUGCAAAGGAUGCACCAUCUCCAGGAUCCUAUAAUGUUUGUGAAUCAUAUGAGAAAUUACACAGUAAAGGGAGAUACAAACCACCUAGGACAGUCCAGGCAAAACGAAAACAAGCCUGUUUCCUGACGGCAGUUCCAAGAAAUUUGACCCUGCAGGAUGACUUUAAAGUGCCAGGACCCGGAGCCUAUAACCUACUGAUGAAGCCAGUCAUUCAAACAUCAUCUUCUGUUACAAGAGAAGAACGUUUCAAAGACCCAAAGGAUAUUACACCCGGUCCUGGAUCCUAUGAGUUGAGCCCAAUGUUUAAGGACACCGUGCUGAAGGGGACAUUUAAUGCCACUCUACCAAACCCUUUGCUGAAUGUAGUAGAAAACUGUUCACUGAAAGACCAAACAGAAAAGCAACCAUUCUUUCUCAGUGUCUGAUUUAAUGCAGACGAUUAUGAUUACUUAGUGCAAUCUACAAAUGUAUUGAAUCACAAUAAUUGUAUGUUCUUAUAAGGAUAAAUCAAUGUAUGUUAAUUAAUCUGUUGUUCUUAGCCUGUAUGGAUACAAUGGUUUGGAAGACAACAUAUACAUCCUUAACACAUAAAGUUGGAGAUGCAUGAAAAAAUCCAAUCUCACAAUUUUUGGUCAUUUUUAAAGUCCUGUAGGGACUUGUAGUGUGUUUUCCACAAACAACCAAAUACAAUGGAUGGUGCAAUGGUUAGCAUUACUGCGCCACAGCAUUGAGGUCAUGGGUUUGAUUUCCACCAUGGACCUACAGUAACUGUGUGGAGAUUGUACAUUCUCCCCAUGCUUGCGUGGGUUUCUGCUAUAUGGCUACAGUUGUAUCCACACACUACACAGAGUCCUGAGCUCAUCUGCUGUAUCCCAGGGCAAUGGAAAUAAUCAAUAUAAUUAUAUGUAUGUGGGCUUUCUCUUUAAAUUAUACAAAGCAAAAUGAUGAUUUAAACACUAACUGCUGGACAUCUGCGGAAUUGACAAAACUAUAUCAAAAUUAUUGGUUUGUAUCCAACGUAGUCUCUCUUGUCUAUUGCAAAAUAUAGAUGGGGAAUUUAUCACAGAUGUUGAGACAGAGAAAGUAAAUUUUCUCAUAAAAACACUAAUACCACUUUUCCACCUAAAUCCCGGAUACAACCUGGGUUUUGGAACACAGUUCCAAACCGGGUCAGUCCAAGGUCAGAGCAUGUUUGGCCACUGCAUGUUUGAUCCGGGUUAUCCUGUGUUGGCCUCUUUCACUCUGCACCCAUGUGCAGUGUUUCUGUUCUGCUGAUGACCAGCUCUCCCUAUGCUUUUAAAGGUACUCUUCUCUACUGGGUCGUGACCUUGGUUGACAAGGCAAUAACCCAGAUUAUUGGGGCACUGGAAAAAGGGGUGUAAGUGAAGUCAAUUUCAUAGUUUUAAUACACAUUGUGAAAAUUAAACACAUAUAUCACUACCUAAUAAUGAGUUUGUAGAAAGAAAAAUAACCAGCACAAAGUUAUCAUUGUAUUGCUUGUCUCCAUUCAUUAUUUUUUAAUUUUAGCCCAAUUGCCUCUCUACAGCUGUAUCCUGAUAAGCAAAAGAUACCGCUUAACAAUCUCUCUCAAAAGACUACAUCCACUUUACUAAAUCACGUGACUGCUAAAAAAGUACAAUUCUUCCAAAUGUUCUGUUUAAUUCCAGCACUGCAUUCUUUAUAUAAUGAUACCGUAAGAGCAAUACGACUAAAGAAUUUAAUUGAAUGCUCACUUUUUCUCAUCUGUAUGUUAUUCCAGGCUAAUUGAUGUUGUUGAAUCUCUAGUUGUUUAUUAAA